UAAUGGUGUUGAUUAAAACAUUUUAACAGUUCUAUUAAAGACUAGGCUCUAACAUAAGCAGCAAAAGACAACUUUACAUCAGGCUAUUUAAUUUAUGAAAUCAAGAUUAGUUUACAAUAAUUUUGGUGAAUUCACUCCUGCACUGAAUGAUGUCCUUCUCUAGUCUGCAUCCUAACUGGGAGUUACCUAUAGUUAAAGGAGAACUCACAGACUGUCACUGCUUCAAUUUGCCGAGUCGCUUCAUCUACAAAAGAAACCAAAACCAAAAAGUGAAUGAAGGACAUGAAAAAGUUAAGGAAAGGGCAUACUUUGGUCAGAUUUGAAAUUUUCCACCUAAGACAUCUCUCUCUGUUUCACUAACUCAUCCUAGCUAAUAUAAUCCGCCUUUAGUAUCAGUUACGUUAGCAAUCUAACUUCAGUUAAUGACAUUUUUGAUGUAUCUAAUAAUGACCACGGUGACAGUCAUACAUCUACAAUCAGUGUUGCCAACUUCUCAGCAAGGAGGAGUCCUAAAAGUCACUAGAAGUCGCUAAAUGACGUCAUCGCCUGAUUUGCAUAAUUGGUCAUGCUAAUGUAAUUGUAACCUAAGUUGUUGAAGAGAGAAAUAACAACGUGGAACGAGACAUAAACUCACAGUCGCCAUAGUGACGGGACUGCCGGAUACCUGAGUUGGGUGCUUGGCAGGCAUCCGAGGCAAAGGAGAGUCAGCCAUCUGAAGGGGUCGGGCUCUGUAAGCACUGCAGAGGACGCAGAGGGUCAGACACGUCCUAUUUUUCAUCAUGCCGAGAAAAAGUGAUGCGGCUAAAAUGGAAGAAGUUGGGAUCGAGAUAGACGGGGAUUUAAGUGAAAGUGACGAUGGUGGCACUCAGAGGAGACCGAACAGGAGGCAGGCUGGAGGAAGAGGAGGCGCAAAGGGACGAGGACGAGGCAAAAAACCUGCUAGCGACGAUGAGGAUGAGGAUGAGGAAGACGAAGCUCCCAGGGGGCGGAGGGGAGCAAACAGGAAGAAGCCGGCCAAGAAACGCGGUGGUGAUGAUGAGGAUGAGAGUGAGGAUGAGCCUCCCAAGAGGAAGCGAGGAGGAGCAGCCAAUAAGAAGAAAGGAGGCAAAGCCCAGGACAGUGAUGAUGACGACAGUGAUGUGGGGAAAGGAAAGAAGGGAAAGAAGGGAGGAGGGAGGAAAGGAAAGAAGGAGGAAGAGGAAGAGGAGACUAAGGGUAAGAAGGGUGAUGGCAAAGGGAAAGGGAAGGACAAGGGCAAAGACAAGGAUGAUGACAAGGACAAGAAGAAGAAGAAGAAAAAGGGUGACAGUUCAUCAGAUUCCAGUUCCAACUCGAGUGAGGAAGAGGAGUCCAUGUCAGAGGGAGAGAUGGCUCGGUUGAUGGAGGAAGUGGAGGAGAAGAAGAAACUAAUCGCCAACAUCAGGAAUAAACCAUGGAGGAUGCAGCGGCGGCUCAAACACCUAAAAGAGGCUCAAGAAUUUGUGGAUAAGUUUGAAGGAGCUUUGGGGAAAGGGAAAGGCCGGAAGUGGUAUGCCUACAAAGUGAUGAUGACAAAGAAAUGGAUCAAGUUUCAGAGGGAUUUUGAAAAUUUCAGAACAGCGUGCAUCCCCUGGGAGAGGAAGAUCAAGGAGGUGGAAAGCCACUUUGGGUCAUCUGUUGCAUCUUACUUUAUCUUCCUGCGAUGGAUGUAUGGCAUGAACCUCGUGCUUUUUGGCUUCACCUUUGGACUUGUGGUUAUCCCUGAGGUCCUGAUGGGUCUUCCCUAUGGGUCUGUUCCCAGGAAGACUGUACCCAGAGCAGAGCAGGAUACUGCUCAAGACUACUCUGUCCUCAUGGACUUCAAUGGGUACUGCAAAUAUUCAGUGCUGUUCUACGGAUAUUACAACAACCAGAGGACCAUCGGUGUGCUAAAGUUCAGGUUACCUUUGUCCUAUCUCAUGGUCGGCAUCGGCACCUUCGGUUACAGCCUGAUGCUUGUGAUCCGCACAAUGGCCAAAAAUGCUGAUGUUGGUGGUGGAGACGGGGAGGAUUCAGACUUCACCUUCGCCUGGAAGAUGUUCACCAGCUGGGAUUACCUCAUUGGCAAUGCAGAGACCGCUGACAACAAGUACGCCUCCAUCACCACCAGUUUCAAGGAGUCCAUUGUGGACGAGCAGGAGAACCAGAAGGACGAGAACAUCCAUCUGCGCAGGUUCCUCAGAGUCCUUGCUAACUUCCUGAUCACCUGUAGCCUCGGUGGCAGUGGGUACCUCAUCUACUUUGUGGUGAAGAGAUCUCAGGAGUUCGCCACAAGGGACGACCUCAGCUGGUACGAGAAGAAUGAGAUGGAGAUCGUCAUGUCUCUUCUGGGGCUGGUGUGUCCACCUCUGUUUGAGACCAUUGCUGAGCUGGAGGACUACCACCCUCGGAUUGCCCUCAAAUGGCAGCUCGGACGCAUCUUUGCCCUCUUCCUCGGAAACCUCUACACGUUUCUGUUCGCCCUGUUUGAUGAGGUCAACACCAAGCUGGAGGAAGAGCAGGCCAUAAAGAACGCCUCCAUCUGGGCCAUGAAGGAGUACUACGCUAACUACUCACGUCUGAUGAAUGACUCGGAGGCCACCCCACCUCCAAUGGACCCAGCUGAUGUCAUUAGAGGACCCUGCUGGGAGACUGCAGUGGGCAUUGAGUUUGUGAAGCUGACUGUGUCAGACAUCCAGGUGUCCUACCUGACCAUCCUGAUUGGUGACUUUGCCCGAGCCGUGAUUGUGCGUUUCCUCAACUAUUGCUGGUGCUGGGACCUGGAGGCUGGAUUUCCAUCAUAUGGUGAGUUUGACAUCAGUGGCAAUGUUCUUGGAUUGGUCUUCAAUCAAGGCAUGAUUUGGAUGGGAGCAUUUUAUGCUCCUGGGCUGGUGGGCAUCAAUGUGCUCCGCCUCCUCAGCUCCAUGUACUAUCAGUGUUGGGCUGUGAUGGCCACUAACGUCCCCCACGAGAGAGUCUUCAAGGCCUCCAAGUCCAACAACUUCUACAUGGGUCUCCUGCUCCUCGUGCUCUUCCUCAGCCUGCUACCUGUUGUCUACACUAUCAUGACGCUGCCACCUUCAUUUGACUGUGGGCCUUUCAGUGGAAAGGACAAGAUGUUUGACGUGGUCAUGGAGACGAUUGACCUGGACCUGCCGGCUUUCAUGGGGACACUCUUUAGCUAUGCAGCUAACCCCGGUCUCAUUAUACCAGCUGUACUCCUCAUGGUGCUCGCCAUCUAUUAUUUGAACUCAGUAUCUGAAGCAUACCAAAACUCCAACAUGGAGCUGAAGAAAAAGAUGAAGAUGGCUCGCGACGAGGAGAAGAAUCGUCGGAACAAUGCAGACACCACCAACCAGGUCAUGAAAGACCUGGAGGACCUGCUGCCGAACCGAUCCCUCAUUCCCCCUGAUCCACCAGAGCCUGAAAAACCACCGGAGCCAGAACCAAAACCAACAAAGACAAAGCCCGGGUCAGCCGGCAAAGGUGUUAACCUGCAGAAAGAUGUGGCUCUUGCAUCGCCCAAUCCUAAUGCUCGAGCGCCAGUAAGCAGGCCACCUGGACCCAGAGGACCUGGACCCGGUCGAGGCCGUGGGAGAGGGCCACCUCCGAGAUAACAGUGAAAGAAACUAAUGUUCCUGUUCAGCUUUCAGCCAGCUCCAGUCCUUGCACCUGCCUCAGCCUCAGCCUCACUUACAUCAUUGGAACUCAGUACUUUUGAGGAAUCACACCUCCCGGCCCACUUUCCACAGCACCUGCUUCCUCAGUUCUGGGACCCAGCCUACCCUCUGACAUAUCUCAUCCCUACCUCUGCACUCUGGACCUUAAAUAAGAUAAUCCAACUUAGUCACUACAAACACCAUUCCCUCAUUACUCUGUAUCAAACAGAGCUAACUUCAUUUCUUGCUGUCCACAGACACUCCCAGACCCUCAGCCCUUGUGAAUUGUACACACACACACACACACACACUGGUAUUUUAUUUUGCAGUUCACCUGCUGUUAUGUUAAUAUACUCAGACCUUACAGUAUGUUCCCAUACUUGCCAAGAGUAACAGUGAGUUGCUGUGUUUCCUUCAAUAUUCCCCUA